ACAAACCCAAAGAAAUCGUGGACCGGUCUCUCCAAAGUCCUGACAGGACGAGACAGGAUUUACUUUAGAAGUUUGAAGGUGCUCCUUCCCUCGCAAGUCGCAUCGCAUGCCCUUUCCUUUCGAGUUCCAAUGGAGAACCGCUUUGGCAGAUUAGAGAAUCUGAUGAGGCAGAAGUCUUUGAAAUCCAUCUUCCUCCGCAGCGGCAAGAAGUCGGCUCAAGACAUUGCCGAAGCUUCUCCCAGGACCAUUCCUCAGCUCUCCUCCAUUGCUAAUUCCGUCAUUUAUCGCUGUUCCAAGAUUCUUUCAAUUCCAACUGAAGAAUUGCAGCAUCGUUUUGAGACUGAGCUAUCUGAGCAUGAUGAGCAAUCUCCAACUUAUGCUAGGAAUUUGUUAGAAUUUUGCUCAUACCAAGCACUCGAUGUGGUGACUCGGUGUCCAGAUUAUCUAAGUGAUAAGGAGAUUCGCCGUUUGACAUUUGAUAUGAUGCUUGCAUGGGAAGAUCCUGAUGUCAAGAGGGAGCCCUUACAGAAAGAAAGUGCUUCUUGUGAUAAUCAGGAAGUUGAUGAUGAGGAAGGGUGGUCAUUAUUUUAUUCAAAUUCCACAAGCAUGGCUGUUCAGGUUGAUGACAAGAAAACUGUUGGGCCAGAGGCUUUUGCUCGAAUUGCACCAGCUUGUGCUGUUGUAGCAGAUGUCAUUACUGUCCAGAAUCUUUUUGAUGCACUCACAAGCUCUUCUGGUGGCCUGCUGCAUUUUCUCAUCUAUGACAAGUACCUUGGAAGCCUUAACAAGGUCAUCAAAACUGCAAAAAAUGCACCUGGAAUGCCUUUGGCAUCUAACCUUCAGCUUGCUGAGGGAGAGAUCAUCGUAGAUGUAGAUGGCAUUGUUCCCACUCAACCAGUUCUGCAACACAUUGGAAUUUCUGCUUGGCCUGGUCGCUUGACAUUGACCAACUAUGCUUUAUACUUUGAGUCACUUGGAGUUGGUUUAUACAACAAAGCUGUCAGAUAUGAUCUGGAAACAGAUUUGAAGCAGGUUUUAAAGGCCGAAUUGACUGGCCCACUGGGUGCCCGUCUCUUUGAUAAGGCCCUGAUGUACAAAUCAUCAUCUGUAACAGAGCCUAUACUUUUUGAGUUCCCUGAAUUCAAAGGCAACUCACGCCGGGACUACUGGUUAGAAAUUAGUCUUGAGAUUCUGCAUGCACACAAGUUUAUUAGGAGAUACAACCUCAAAGAAAGUGAGCAGGCUGAAGCACUCGCUAAGGCCAUGCUAGGCAUCUUCCGGUACCGUGCCUUGAGAGAUGCUUUCCAUAUCUUUCCAUCUCAUUACAAGACUUUACUUGUUUACAACUUAGCUGAAAAGCUCCCUGGAGGAGAUAGGAUAUUGGAAAUACUAUCAAGUCAAUUGGAGCAAUUGAAUGUUUCGAUGCUCCAACAUGAUGCCAUCAAGAGAUCAUCAAAUGAUGCCAAAAGGAAGUCUUCAUUGUCCCCAGCAUCGUUAUAUGCACUUAUUAGACUUGGGUUGUUGCCAAAAGGAGCAUAUCCUGAUGAAGAUGCAAUGUUCCUGGUACGAGAUGUAUGUGUUGGUGAGAUAAAUCCUUUAGAAUUGGCUGUGAAGAAAUUGGGAUAUGACACAGGGAGAGCUGAGGCAGCAAAAGCAACUGUGGAUCAAGUGAAAGUGGAUGGCAUUGAUACAAAUAUAGCUGUGAUGAAGCAAUUACUUUUCCCGGUGGUUGAAUCUGCUAAGCGGCUCCAAUUUUUGGCCUCUUGGGAUGACCCUUUUAAAUCAACAAUGUUUCUGGUGCUGAUAUGUUUCACAAUUGUCAGGGGUUGGUUUAAGUAUGCCUUGCCCUGCACAUUUGUAUUCCUGUCAGCACUCAUGCUCUGGCGCAAGCAUGACAAUAAAGGGAAGCCAUUGGAACCUUUCAGAGUCACACCUCCUCCCAGUCGGUAUGCAGUUGAACAACUGCUGACAUUACAGGAAGGCAUUUCUCAGAUUGAAGCACUAGUUCAAGAUGUAAAUAUCAUUCUUCUGAAGCUUAGGGCUAUCUUAUUUUCUUCUCUUCCUCAGGCCACAGACAAGGUAGUUAUGUUGUUCAUUAUCAUGGCUGCAGUGUUUGCUUUUGUGCCUCUUCAUUACCUUAUGAUGUUGGUAUUCCUGGAGGCAUUUACUAGGGAGAUGCCAUUGAGGAAAGAUUCUAGUGACCGGUGGUUUCGGCGGGUAAGAGAAUGGUGGUUCAGCAUACCAGCAGCUCCUGUCCAAUUAGUGAAGGUUGAAGAAAGAAAGAAAAGAAGAUGAUUACUCCUUUGAUUUGGACAAAUUUUUCAUCUGUGAAUUGUCAUUUAUAUACUGUCUUCUGCUUGGCCGAUCUGUUGGCAUUGUUGUUUGUGUAUAUAUUUAUAAGGGCUUGAGUCCUGUCGAUUGGUUAACUGUAGUUUUUCCAGUCCCAGGGACUGAAAACUAGCCAACUUGUUAUACAUGUUAUUGGAAGCCAGAAAGAGCAUGAUCAUCUGUACCAGUUGUACGGGACAUAGGGAAUACUUUCCAUAUAUUGAUAAUACAAGAAAUUAACCUUUGCUUCUUCAA